GAGAUUCUAAAAUAUCGUGAGACAAGAUUGUAUGUGAGCUCUAGGAGCCCUGCACUUUUGACUUGAAUUAUUACUGAAAAAUAGACGAUUUCACAGUCACAAUUAAUUUAUUUGGAUAACUGACUGAAUUGUGGAAACGUUUUGGAGUUUUAGAAAGGAUUAAACGUACGAAAGCGCCGCGUGUUUGUGUUUUAGAGACGAGGUUAGCCUGAUGCUAAUGUUAGCUGUCAAACAUCAACAGGAAGUCACGGAUAGCAUUUUCAAAUGUCUUGCACUUUGGGUUCACCAGUUAUGAACUGCUCCCUGGAGAAGGUUUUGGCUGAUGCAAAGUGUUUGGUUGAGAGACUCCGUAACCAUGACAACGCUGCAGAGAUGCUAAUUGAACAAACAACGUCCCUGAACAAAAGAGUGGAGGCAAUGAAACAAUACCAAGAGGAGAUUGAUGCACUGAACCAAGUUGCAAGACACAGACCUCGAUCAAGUUUGGUUUUAGGCAUCCAACAAGAAAACCGGCAAAUCAGAGAACUACAACAGGAAAACAAAGAGUUGCGGACGUCAUUGGAGGAACACCAGUCAGCCCUGGAGCUGAUCAUGACCAAAUACAGAGAGCAGGUGUUUCGGUUGCUCAUGGCCAGUAAAAGAGACGAGCCUGCCAUAGUCACACAGUUAAAGGAGCAGCAUACCACGGAAAUGCAGGCUCACAUAGACAAGAUAAACGAGAUGGCGUCUGUAAUGAGGAAGGCCAUAGAGGUGGAUGAAGGACGGAUCUGUGAAGACGAAGAGAAGAUCAAACAGCUUGAGCUGGAGAACAAAGGUCUCCGUGAGCUGCUGGGGAUCAGUCGUGAAGCAUUUUUGGUUUUAAAAAGAGAGGACAUCUCAGAAAACACCUCUCUCUCUCCUCUGCUAACCAGCACCGAUGUCAGUUUACGGAAGAGUUAACUCCACAGCGCAAUCUAUUUGCUGUACUCCGCUAUAGGUUGUAUUCACAUUCUAGAAUUUGGCAUAGGAGUCCGUAGAUUAAUAAUGGCCCUUGGCUUUUAUCUAACGGCUCAUUUAUGCUCUGUCUGAGACGAUGAUGAAAGGCAAGCCCCUAUAUUUGUGAGGCACAUCUAAAAAACCUUUUCACAGGAUUUAGGUCCCGAAACUCAAUAUUAAAAUACAGGUCCUGAAAGUAAGAAAUGACAUAUAACUAUAUAUGUAUUUAUACAGUAAACAAUAUAUAAACAAUAGGCUUUUAAUAAUUUUAUCCCAUCAUGUGAAUGCAACCUAUUAGCCUUUGACCCACAGAGACUUUAUGAUCAACCCAUAUUUUCUGAUUUCAUUCCAGCAUGAGAUGUUUGUGCUGAGUCCUGGUUUGGUCAAUGAAAAACUAUUACAGCAUACACCAUUUCUAUGUUUUAUUUCACAGGGAUUUUUGUUGUCUAAAUAUUGGCUGCAUGCAGGAUACUUUAAUGUGUGCAAGGUUUUUAAGCGUGACUGAGGAAGUGUAAAAAACAAAAGCUUGAGGUGAAAUAAAUUGUAAAGCCACUGUA